GACGCGGCAGGCGCGGGGGGCGGGGUGGUGGGAGAGGGAGGGGCGCGAGAGCGGCGGCGCCGCCGUUACGGAGCUGACGGAGCGCGCUGGAGACGACUUAUGUUGAGUAUGAGUCUUGUUAUGAUUAGCGAGAAUGUAAAACUGGCCCGUGAAUAUGCGUUGCUGGGAAACUAUGAUUCUGCAAUGGUCUACUACCAAGGAGUACUUGACCAAAUGAAUAAAUACCUCUACUCUGUCAAAGAUGCAUAUCUGCAACAGAAAUGGCAACAGGUUUGGCAGGAGAUAAGUGUGGAAGCUAAGCACGUGAAGGAUAUAAUGAAAACACUGGAAAGCUUUAAAUUAGAUUGCACUCCCUUGAAAGCAGCACAGCAAGAAUUACCAGCUCGUGAUGGAGAAGUGUGGUCCUUGCCCGUUCCAGCUGAACGUAGACCUUCUCCAGGAGCCAGAAAACGGCAGUCUGUUCAAUGCAAUGAUUGCAGAGGUCACAAUAACCGUGUAAGUGCAGCUGUCAGAGGCCCUCACCGGCCCGCCUCUCGAAAUCCUAAUGAUAAAGGGAAAGCAGUCCGUGGCCGAGAAAGGAAGGAUCAGCAGAAUAAAGGAAGAGAGGAAAAGAACAAGUCAUCAUCUGAUGUUUCAGAAUCUGAGCCAAAGAGGUUUGAUGGUACUGGGUAUGAUAAAGACUUAGUAGAAGCUUUGGAAAAAGAUAUUAUUUCUCAAAAUCCCAAUGUUCGAUGGGAUGAUAUAGCUGACUUAGUUGAUGCCAAAAAAUUACUCAAAGAAGCUGUAGUCUUACCAAUGUGGAUGCCAGAAUUCUUUAAGGGAAUUAGAAGACCGUGGAAGGGCGUGCUGAUGGUUGGUCCACCUGGUACUGGAAAGACUCUCCUUGCAAAAGCUGUAGCUACUGAAUGCAAAACAACAUUUUUCAACAUCUCUUCAUCAACACUUACUUCAAAAUACAGAGGAGAAUCUGAGAAACUUGUCCGCCUGCUGUUUGAAAUGGCUCGAUUUUAUGCACCAACAACUAUAUUUAUUGAUGAGAUAGACUCUAUCUGUAGUCGCAGAGGAACCUCGGAGGAGCAUGAAGCCAGCCGACGGGUGAAGGCAGAACUACUGGUUCAGAUGGAUGGUGUUGGAGGGGCUGCUGAAAAUGAUGAUCCUUCCAAAAUGGUUAUGGUACUUGCUGCUACUAAUUUUCCUUGGGAUAUUGAUGAGGCCCUAAGACGACGACUAGAAAAGAGAAUUUACAUUCCUUUACCAUCAGCAAAAGGCAGAGAAGAACUCUUACGGAUAAACCUGCGGGAGUUGGAACUGGCUGACGAUGUUGACCUUGAAAAUAUAGCUGAAAAAAUGGAAGGUUAUUCUGGUGCAGAUAUUACCAAUGUAUGCAGGGAUGCCUCACUGAUGGCUAUGAGAAGACGAAUUGAGGGCUUGACACCAGAAGAAAUCAGAAAUCUUUCCAGGGAUGAAAUGCACAUGCCUACAACUAUGGAGGAUUUUGAAAUGGCUUUAAAAAAGGUUUCUAAAUCGGUAUCUGCUGCGGACAUUGAGAAAUAUGAAAAAUGGAUUGUUGAAUUUGGAUCAUGCUAAGUCUUCCUAACCAAACUUCCCCAGGAAACCUCUCUUAAAACAGCUUCAGAAGUAAUUAAAGGUAGCGUUCAUGUGCACUAAAUGCUAUUUUUUUUUAACUUUCUUAAACUUAAGAGCAACAUGAUUCUGAAUAAAGUAAUUUUUUAAAUUGCAUGUCA